AAUUAUUAAUGUAAGUGAAGAGUUGUUAAAGUGAGCUGCGUAGUACCACGUGAUUCUUGAGGUUGAGGAAAAAAAAACAGAUACGUUACAAAACACUGUGACUGUCCCGAGCUGCAAAGCGCAGACCAGUAACGUUAGUCGGGACAUGGCAUGGAGGAGCUGCAGUAUGAAAUGGACCAAAAUAAACUCGUUAAAUGCAUCAUUCAUGUGUCCAAAAAGCACCAGAUUAAACAUCCAUCCUCAGCAAAGAUGUGGCUUUCGGAAAGCUCAGAGACCAUCAGAAAGCAAAAGAGGUGGGCAAGAGACAGAAGGUGAGGCAGGGGGACAAAAGGCUGUGCCACCCACACCUGUGCCCCCUAUGCCAUCCAGAAGACCACAUCAACUCUUCAGACCCUUGGUGUUCACGGUGGGGUUCACAGGCUGCUCUUUUGGCGCAGCUGCCAUCUUGCAGUAUGAAUCAGUAAAGUCGCGAGUGCAACUAGCCAUAGAGGAGGCUAAAGAAGAGAAGCGGGAUACACUUCUGGAGGGUCACGACACAACAUACUGGCACAACUGGUGGAAUCAGCUGUCAAACUUCCAGAAGCAGGUGAUUUUGUUCAUAUCUGCGGUUGAUGAUUUUUGGAGUGGCCUCAGUGAGGGACAAAAAACAGUCACAGGCAUCAUAGCUCUAAACACUGUGGUCCUGUGUUGUUGGAGAGUCCCUUCGAUGCAACGCUUUUUAGUCAAGUACUUCACAACGAACCCUGCCUCCAAGACGCGUUGCCUUCCCAUGGUCCUCUCUUCUUUUAGCCAUUACUCAGUCAUUCACAUGGUGGCCAACAUGUAUGUGCUGUGGACUUUCUCUUCUAGCAUAGUUUCUCUGCUCGGAAGGGAGCAGUUUUUGGCACUUUAUCUUUCCGGAGGUGUUAUCUCAACAUUUGUUAGUUAUGUGUUUAAAACAGCUACUGGUCGCCUGGGCCCAUCACUUGGAGCGUCAGGCUCCAUCAUGACAGUAUUGGCCGCAGUCUGCACCAAGAUACCAGAGGCCAAACUGGGAAUCGUCUUGCUUCCUGUGGUCAGCUUCAGUGCUGGAAAUGCUUUGAAAGCUCUUGUAGCUCUGGAUAUCGCCGGCCUUCUGUUUGGAUGGAGGUUUUUUGAUCACGCAGCCCAUCUUGGUGGAGCUCUGUUUGGAGUGUGGUACAUUGGAUAUGGCCAUGAAAUGAUCUGGAGGAAGCGUGAGCCACUAAUAAAAUUUUGGCAUGAACUAAGGAACGUGUCACCCCGCAAACCCAGACCAGGUGGAGGUGGUGGUUAAGUUUAGGAUUGCUCAUUUACCGGAAGAUCUGAACCCUAAAGAUGGAAGUGCAGAUGCUCACCACACCAAAGAGCCAUUGUUUAUGUAACGUUGCCUCUUUUCCCCUCUCUGUCUCAAACGGUUGUCAGAUCACAUUAGUCUAGAGUUGUUUAAAACUAUCCUGCUUUAAAGAUAAAAUGUAGUAUAUUUCAUUUUUGCAGAUUGUAUUUAUUAUAUAUUUCGAUGUUCUAAAUAGCAAAAAGACAAUUAAAACAAGCAAUUGGGCACUUUUUCCUGGAAGAUACUGUAAUUACUGCAUCAUCUCCUUAAAAAGAUUUCUACCUGUGUCUGUUUGGGGGAGUUAAGAAAUAAGAAUAGUCAAUAUCAGUCGUGAUUACUCUCGGAGUGAUCAUUUCAACCAGCGGAUAUCAAAUAUAAAUAAGCUUGAUUUUGGAGGAUGAAAUCUGCUACACUGUUGUUGCAAUGCAAUAUUUAGUUGUGCUUAGUCAAAACAAUUAAAAAUAGAUGCCUUAAAGGAAGUAAAUUUUGCCUAGCAGAUCUCUACAGGUGGUGCUGGGGUGGAGGAGGGUAAAUGUUCAUGAUUAGUUAAUAUGAUAAUAGUAAAUGUUCAUGAUUAGUUGCAGUUUACUGGACUCAAGCUAGAGUAUGCUUUAUAUGUGCUUAUGUGAAUUAGGAUGAAUGCAUAUGAAUGUACCAAUAGUUGAUUGUUGGAGUUUCAUGGCUGAACUAUGUGUAUAUACAAGUGCGAGAGAGUCCUGUGAUGGACUGGCCAUCUCCCCUGGGUGCUUUCUUCUGUCUUAAAUAAAAAACUAGGAUACGGUCCAAUUCUGUUACCCUAAAAGGCUCUUAUGGCAAGUGGGUGUAUUUACGCUACAUGACAAAAGUCUUGUCGUCGAUCGCAGUUGUAAGCGCAACAAAUAACAACUUGACUUCUAGUUGAUCAUUUGGAAAAGUGUCAGAAGGUAGAUUUUUCUGAUGAAUCAUUUGUUGAACUGCAUCUUAAUCAUCACAAAUACUGCAGAAGACCUAUUGGAACUCACAUGAACCCAAGAUUCUCAAAUAAAUCAGUCAAGUUUGGUGAAGGAAAAAUCAUGGUUUGGGGUUACAUUCAGU